UGGACUAUAUUAGUGCACGUCAGAGGGAAUUUCCAGUGGGGAAGGAAAUCAACUUUCUGAUCAGUUUGGGUUCACCUGCAGGACUUGUCCACCUUUAUCUCACCGCUCGGACGGAUUCUUCUGUUUCUGCUUUAAUAACCUGCGUUGACGCUGAGCCGCGGCGUCAUGACGUCCAACUGAAGCAGGUUGUGCUAAAUGGAUCCGCUGCUUCAACAUGGACACGAGUCAGCCGGAGUGAAGCGGACCGAGGACUAACGACUAAGUUCAUGUUCCGACCCUGACCCGGUGUAACGAACCAGACAACAUGGCUGGAGAUGACUCCUACCUUCACGCGUCCAGUCAGAUUUUUGACAAUAUGAUGAUGGAUCCGACGUGGGAUUUUACUCAUUUCCCUGCGAUGCCCCAGGCCACGACUCCGCGGACAGUGGACGGACCGUUUCUGCAGAUCCUCGAGCAGCCGAAACAGCGUGGUUUCAGGUUCCGAUACGGCUGUGAAGGUCCGUCUCACGGCGGUCUACCGGGCGCUUCAAGUGAGAAGAACAGAAAGACCUACCCCACCGUUAAGGUCUGUAACUACCAGGGUCCGGCCCGGGUGGUGGUCCAGCUGGUGACGGCGCUCACCUCCCUCCCUCAGCUUCACGCUCACAGUCUGGUGGGAAAACAGUGCGACAAAGGGAUCUGCAUCGCUGACCUGCAGCCCAAAGACUCCACCAUCAGUUUUCCAAACCUGGGGAUCCUCCAUGUGACGAAGAAGAAUGUGGCCAAGACUCUGGAGGAGCGGAUGAUCGAGGCCUUCAGAAUGGGAUACAACUGCGGAGUCGCCAUCCACCACGAGAUCGACUCCCUGCAGGGGGAGGUCCGAGUCCCCCGAGAACUGACCGACCACCAGCGGAAUGUGAUCAGCACCACAGCAGCUCUUCAGGCCAAAGAGAUGGACCUCAGCGUGGUUCGCCUCAUGUUCACAGCUUUCCUCCCCGACAGCGAUGGCGGAUUCUCCCGAAGACUCGAACCUGUCGUAUCGGAGCCGAUCUACGACAGCAAGGCUCCAAAUGCCUCCAACCUGAAGAUCGUCCGGAUGGAUCGCACUGCUGGCUGUGUGACCGGAGGAGAGGAGGUUUAUCUACUCUGUGACAAAGUCCAGAAAGAUGACAUCCAGGUGCGAUUCUAUGAGGAGGACGAUGCCGGUUUGACCUGGGAGGCUCUGGGGGAUUUCUCUCCGACCGACGUCCACAGACAGUUUGCCAUCGUCUUUAAGACCCCGAAGUACCGAGACCAGAACCUGCAGAAACCGACGUCUGUGUUCGUCCAGCUGAAGAGGAAGUCCGACAACGAGACGAGCGAACCCAAACCAUUCACCUACCACCCACAGAUCAUAGAUAAGGAGGAGGUGCAGAGGAAGAGGCAGAAGACACUGCCGAAUUUCCAGGACUUCAGCGGUCAUGGAGGAGGGGGAGGUCUGUACCGAGGAGGAGGAGGUCCGGCUGCAGGAGGAGGACCCGGCUCUGCAGGAGGAGGAGGAGGGUAUUUCCAGGGCUUUACAAACUAUAACUACGGAGCAGCAGGAGGAGGAGGUGGUGGUGGUGCUGGUGGUUUCCCCACAGGAUACUCAGCUGGUCUGGGAGGAGGAGGCGGCAUCAAACACGCAUCUCAAGGUGACACGGCAGGCGACAGCGGUGAUGACAGCGAUCCAGAUGAUGAUGCCGGGUCAGGGGUCAUCAAGAGACCCGUAGCCCAGCCAGAGGGCCUGAACCCAGGGGAGACGACUGAGGACGGGGGGGUCAGUGUGGAGCCUGAGGCGCACAGAGAUGAGCAGCUGCUUCAGGUCACUAGUCAACAGAUGGAAGCUCUGUUUCAAUAUUCUGUUACUGGAGACUCUGCGUACCUGUUGGCUCCACAGCGACCCCUGAUGACGGCUCAGGAUGAGGACGGAGACACUGGACUCCACCUGGCGGUUCUCCACAACCAGCAGGCGGCGCUGAGGAGCCUCACUCAGAUAGUAUCUCUUCUACCUGGAGAGGAGGUUCUUAACAUGAGGAACCACCUGUACCAGACUCCUUUGCACCUGGCUGUGAUCACACAGCAGAGGGAGGCGGUGGAGGCGCUGCUAUUGGCCGGCGCCGACCCAACUCUGACAGAUCGUCAUGGCAACACAGCACUGCACCUGGCAUCGCAGCAGGAGGGAGGAGGAAUGGUCCAGUUUUUACUGAAACACAAAGAGCUGAAGGGUCUGUUGGAGCAAACCAACACAGCAGGUCUGUGUCCCAUCCACUUGGCCAUCCUGUCCAAUCGGCUGUCAUCUGUCAGGGAGCUGUUGGAAUGCGGGGCCGACGUGGAGGCUCAGGAGCGCAGCUGUGGUCGGACCGCCCUCCACCUCGCCACCGAGGCCGACAACGUGUCCCUGGCCGGCUGUCUGCUGCUGGAGGGUAGCGCCAAGGUGGACUGCUGCACCUUUAAUGGCUCCACCCCCCUCCACAUCGCUGCAGGACGGGGCUCGGCCAAACUGACAGCUCUGCUCAUGGCUGCAGGAGCAGACCCCCAUAAGGAAAACUUUGAGCCCCUGUUCUUCAGAGAGGAGGAGUCCUGUGAUGAAGAGGAGGAGGAUGAAGGCUAUGUCCCAGGAAUGACUCCGCUCAACAUGGCCACCACCUCACAGGUGUUGGAGCUCCUGAACGGUAAAGAAUAUGAACCAAAAGAUCCUCACAAAGCCUUCGUUCCUCCUCAAGGUGACCUGUCGAGCCUGGACGCGGAGGUGAAGAAGGCGUUGUGUGGCGCUCUGGAGAGUGAAGGACGCUGGGAGAGUCUGGCUCACAGUUUGGGCCUGGGGAUCCUGAACAGCGCCUUCAGACUGAGCCCCUCCCCUGCCAAGACACUGCUGGACAGCUACGAGGUUUCAGGCGGAACAGUCCGGGAUCUGCUGGCAGGACUCCGAUCGGUCGGAGACUGCAAAGCCCUGAGUGUCCUGGUGGAGGCGCUGCAUCAGUCCGACGCCGUAGAAACGCAGACAAAGAACGUGACGGCUGGCGAGGCCUUGUGCGCUCAGGUUCAGGACCUGAAGGUGGACGUUCGGAUUGACAGUGGUGUGUGUGACAGCGGGGUGGAGCUCUCCACAGCGUAGCCCUCUGAUUGGUCCCCCUCUCCAUCCGUCAUCGUCCAUCCAUCACUCCAGCCUGAGCAGACCCCGUCCUCCAGGGGCGACGGCGCUCCUCCCGUGAGACGCUUUUCAGGACUGAAUGUUUCUCAUCAUGAACUUUUAAAUUGUUUUUAACAAAAUGUGACAGACUUUAUUUUUUUUUUAGCAGGAAACAAAAAGUGUUUGUAAUGUUUGAAAAGAAACCAAAGAAACAGAGAGAGGAAAGAUUUAAUUUUCUAUCUGACAAAAGCCAAACUGUUUGGUGUGACGUCUUCAGCCCACACUACACUCUGACAGUUCAGAAAAGUAGCUCCAACGAAACUGCGACUCGCCGACUUUGAAGGCAUCAUUCUCAAAUACUUACCAUGAAUCCUCCCGUCUCCUGUGGUCAGUGAACGCAUCAGUGUAGUUCUUUAGAGCAGCUCUACCUGCGUCUGAAAAAGCACAAAGUUAUGGUCAAAUGGUGGAAAACAAAUCAUCUGAUGACUAUUAAUGCUGGCUGUCUUGAAAAAGAACACGAGGACAGUUUAGGAAGGCGGACCUAAAUAAUGUGAUGACGCAAAAUCAUGAACGAUUAAAUGACGUCGUCACUUUAAAGAGGUUCAUCCUAAAGUGGACGUCUGGUGGUUUGGGUGAGCGUUUAAAGGAUCAGCCUGGUUCUGUACUUCGGUUACUGUCAGUGAAUCCUGUUUAAAGACUGAACCCUCCAUUCCAGAGCAUCGUCUCAGGACUUAUACCGGGUUUAGUUCUGUUGUCAUGGCAACUUCACGUCACAUGGGGGCAUGUCAGAACACCAGCCUGGUCUCCCUGAUUUCGUUGACUUUCUGGUUUGGUCAUAUUUACUUGAUUGUUUUGCUUCUACUGCAGAUGAAAUGGGCUGCUCAGUUAAAUGAGUUUAUGUAAUACAUGGACUUGGAUCAAAUAUUUUAAAGCUGUUAAAAAUAUAUUGAAAAAACAUCCUGAUCCUUAUCAUAAUUGAUAUUAUUUUCUAAUCCUGAAAAGAAAAAGUUGAAGAAAUCAGAGGGUUAUGUCACUCUUAAGAGUAAAAGAAAGAAACAAAACAACGUAGAAGAAAAAAAUCUAUACAUUUAGUUUACAUUUGUAUUGAUUCAUGAAGAAAAUUUCAGAAGAUAAUUGUGAUGUUGGUUUUUAUUUAAGAUGAAAAUAACAUAAACACACUUAUUAGUGGUUUUAAUCUCCUCUUUAUGGCCAGAACAGUUCAGGCGUUUAGUGGCUGAACAGUCACAGAUGUUUUUAAUGAAAUUGGAACAUCAGUAGGUACAGGAGUGAAACAACAAAACAUUUAACCAUUUUUAAAAAUGUUUCAAUCAAUUAAAUUUUAUUUAUAUAGUGCCAUAUCAUAACAAAGUUACCUCACUUACAUUUUACAGUUAGAGCUGCUCUAAACCAGACUCUUGUUUUUUAUUUUUUUGACAAUCUUUUUAUUCAAGAGUUAGUCACAAAAACAUCCAUUAUUACAGUUUGUCCGCAUGUUGAAAAAUAAACACACUAAAAGUGAGUGAACAAACUAAAAGUACAACAGCGGAAAGCAAACAUAACACAUUUUAACAACCCUCAUCCACCCCCCAUCCCCACCCCCCCAUCCCAGGACUUAUGAAGGGAGGCCACAUGAAUUCUAAUUGUAUUCAGGUUGAGUUAUC